AUGGACCGAGUGGAGAUAGCGUAUAAUCAUUUGUUGAAUUGGGUAUGUGCUAGGGGUAGUUUACCAAACGACUACGCGAUAAAACUAUUAAACAUUGAAGAGUACUGUAAAGCGAAUUUUUUAGAAAAUAACAUUCCCGAGGACAUUAAACAUAUUUUUCAUAAAAACGAUGAAUACACCGAAUGGUACGACUCACUCAACCAAGCCUUCCAAACCCUCAAAAAUUCGGAUGAGGGACGGAGAGUGAAUUUUAUUGGUCAGUAUACGUAUGAGCCUUUGCAGAAGUUGAAUAAGGUCUUGAAAAAUUUCAGGAAGUAUAACCUACACAUUGUAUCAUAUUAUCAAUUACUGCACAAAUAUGUCAAUUACUACAUCCCCUUCCUCAAGAAAAACAUCACCUCCACUACCACAGAAUUGAAUGAGAUGAAAUUGAAGGAGUUGGAAUCGGUGAAGAGAAUGAAGUUGUUGACACUGGACUUCCGGUUAAAAUUAAGUAAUUACGGCCUAGAACUUAAGGAUUACCCAUUUACUGAAGAGUUUCAGUCAGUUUUAUUCUUUGAUUUACAAGAGAAAAUUAUCCAAAACUCAAUCAAACACAUGAGAGAGUCUUACCAAACUGUUGUAGAAAUAUUAACCCAAUUAUACGUUCCCUUGGUAAGGCUAAUGGAAUUAUUCGUUCAGUACCAAGAAAUGGAGGGAAAAUAUUCAGUUUUAGAGUCUACAAAGUUCCUAAAACACGCGUCAGAACAUGGUCUUGAACCCUUUCAACUCGCGUCAAAUCUACACCAAUCCAUACAAUCCUCCCACAGUGACACACCCGAUGAUUCCGAGGUAAUAGUGAUUGAGGAGGGAGUAAAAUUGGAUCCCGAGACUGGCAAAUUGUUCGACUCAUUUUUGGGUAAUAACAUGUGUCGGAAGUUUCUGCUGAGUGACUUGUAUGAGGUAUUAAUCUUCAUCACGAUCCGUGAGGAUGAGCUUAAAAGAGCCUCCUCAAUGCCAAGUUAUAAUUUACUCGACUCUACAGAUUUGCCAGACAAGGUUCUAGGCCUAACAUUGCCAGAUUACGAAGAAUAUAAAGCGAAGUUAGAGUUGGUAAUUGAGUUACUGAGCGGCUCAAAAACGAUGAACACCCAAGGCUACCUCAAGAAUCAGCAGAAAUUAUCUGAAAAAGUGUACUCUGAAAUGACUCUAUGGACCCAGGCAGUAAACGAAUUAACCAAACAGGGGAAUUAUCAGUACCAAAUCAAGUCACUGGAAACUAAUCUUAAAACGCUCAAAUCAGAUCUCGAAAACACAAGGAAAAAUGUUCUCAAUGUUAAACACAAACUUGAACUCGAAACCUCAAACAUAUCAAAACUUCAAGUUCACAUCUUUGGAGAUAUCGAUCACAUUUAA